AUGGCCUUGUUUGGAGCUCCGACCCGCUCGACUUCAAUCACGUCCACAUCGGGAGGGUCAGCUGCGCUCAUGUCCGUGUCACCAUCACCCGUCUCCUCUCUCCACCGUAGCGCAGCGACCGCUCCGCCGUCCCUCCCCAGAUGGGCGCACUCCUCCGCCUUCAAGGGCCGCGCUGUUCAGAUCGGCAGCGCACCCGCCGGCGGCGGCGGAGCCGGCAGCGGCGGGAAAAGCAGCGGUAGUCCCCGCCAUCACCCGGCGAGCCGCGGGCCGUUGGUGGAUCUGGCGCGUGCCGUGUUGAAUAAGUCUAGUAGCAGCGGGAGCGGGAGCAGCAGCGGCAGCAACAACGGUCCUGGCGGGAGCAACAGCAACGACGGCAACGUUGGCGGGGCCAGAAGCAAUAGCAACGGGAACGCGGGUAACAAUGGCGGGAUUGGGAAAUUUGGGAAUUCCGGGAACGGGGGCGCAGGUAACUGGGGACAGCUUCCCUCCGCUCAUUCCCGCGCGCAGCCGCAGCAGAACGACCCGCCGACGCAGUGGCAGAGCGUGGGGGAGGCCACCCGCGCAGUUCUAGAGCGCCUGUUUGCGCAAGCGCAACGGUACGAGGAGCGGACCGACAGUCCGGAUUUCGCGGAGGAGGCGGAAUUGGAGGAGACGGUAGGGCAGCUAGAGGCUGACGUGGUGGGCGUGCUCGAGUCGCUACGGCGCAAGGAGAAGGAUCUGAUGAAAGCGGAGGAGAUUCUAAGAGAGGAGGAGCGCGAGGUGCAGGUUGCGCGCUCCGCGCUGAUCCAACGCGAGCGGGAGUUCGAGGCCGUGCGCAUGGCUCAAGCGGGGAAGCGCAGCGAGCUCGCGCGCGCGCGCGGGCAGCUGGGGACCCAGCGGGAGGAGCUCGAGCGGACGGUUGGGCUGCUGCGGGAGAGGGAGAAGGAGCUCACGCGUGUGCGCGAGCAGCUCGCGGGGAAAGAGGAGGAGGUGCGGAGAGUGCGCGCGGAAGCCGCCAAGCAAGGGGAAGCCGUGGACAGCGUUGGCGCGGCGAUUGCCGCGCACCAAGCGGAGUUGGCGGAGGUAGAGGCGGAGGCGGAAAAGCGGCGCAAUGAGGUAGCGUCGCUGCGCGAGCUGUUGCAGCAGCAGCGGGCGGAGCUUGCGGCGGUAGAUGCGGACCUGGAGGGGAAGAAGCGCAAGCUUUCCGCCACAGAGGAAGACCUCUCCACGCGCGCGGUUGCGCUGCACGCGGCGCAAGGGGAACUGCAGCUCUUGCGCCAGCAGCUGCGCCGAGUCACCUCCGCGGGAUCCUCCGCCUCUCUGGAGCUCGACCGCGCGACGAUUCUGCUGCGCGACGCGGAGGCGGAACUCGCGGCGUCCCGCGCGGCGGUACGGCGGUUCCGCGACGAGGUCGCGGACCAGGAGACGGAGCUAGAGGCGAAGGAGGAGGAGGCUGGGCGGCUCGUGGCGCUCCUAAAGAAGCGGGAGGACGAGCUUGCGCGGGUGCAGAAAGAGGCGGCCAAGGAUCGCGCGGAGCUGCAGUCUGCGCGCGCCGCUUUCGCUGCCGCGGAGUCGAAGCUGGCGGAGCAGUCCCGCGCGGUGAUUCAGCUGGAGGCGGAACUCCUGGCGGAGCGCCAGCGCGCGGAAGAAGCCACCGCGGAGAUCUCCGCGCUGCGCAAGGAGGUCCGCCAGACGAGCGCGGCUCUUUCGGACGCGCAGCUGGCGCUGCAGCUCCGCGAGGCAGAGCUUCUCACCGCGCGGCUCGAGCUCCAAGCCGCGCAGUCCGACCUCGCGGCGGCGCAGGCCGACGCGCGCGCCAAGACGCAGGAGCUCGAGGAGUCCGGGCGCGCGGUCGCGACGCUCCGGCGCGAGCUGCUGCUGUCGCGGAAGGUCCUUGCGGAGCGGGAGGCGGAGGUCUCCGCGGUGGCGGAGAAGCUCCGCGAGCGCGAGGAGGCGCUGGAAGCCGUUGGAUCGGAUCUCCAGAAAUCGCGGAUCAAGCUGAGCGAGGCGGAGACGGUGGUGGAGCAGAUCGCGGGGCUGUCGCGGCUGCUGGUGGAGACGGCGACGGGCGGCGCGGCGGCGCCGGUGGUGACGGAGGGGUCGGUGCUGGCGCAGGCGAACUACGAGCUGUUCGCGACGAACCGCGUCCUGCUGGAGCGCGAGGUGCAGCUGCAGAACAUGCAGGACAAGGAGGCGCGCGAGUCGAUGGCGGGGCAGCGCCUACUGGCGGAGCUGGACGCGGUGCGCGAGUGUCUGCGCGAGAAGGAGGUGGAGCUCGAGGUCGCGCGCCUCGCGCUCGCGGACCGCGACGUGGCGCUCUCCGCGCUGCAGCAGCGCUGGCACGCGCGCGAGGCGCAGCUGCAGCGCGUGCAGGGGGAGCUGGUGGAGGGCGCGCAGGAGAUCGCCGCGCUGCGCGAGUACGCGCGCGCCAACGGGCUCGUCUCCGCGGCCGCGGAGGCGGCGGCGGCUGCGGCGCAGGCGGGCGCGCCGAAGGCGUUUAAGGAGGAGGCGGCAGUGACGAAACUGGAGCUGGAGGUGGCAAAGGUGGAGGUGGAGACGGCAGUGGCGGCACUUAAAGCCCUGGCAGACCUCAGCUCCGAGCUCACCACUGAAUGUGCUGACGCUGCCUUGACUGCUGCAGCAAUAGCAGCACUGCCAAGCGCCGCUAAUGGCGCAGACGCAGCAGCAGCAGCGGCAGCGGCAGCAGCGGAUGACAUGGAGAAGCAACUGAGGGACAAGGACGCGGCCCUGGACCUGGCUCGCUCCGCCAUGCUCUCCCUCACGCGCCUCACUCGCCGUCUCGUGCACGACGCCGCCUCUGUGGCUGCUGAGGCCGGCUGGCCGUGCGAUGAUGCUCCGUUGUCUCCUUCCUCCUCGCCCUCCUCCGCGCUGCUUGGUUCCUCCUCGGACCUGGAGGAUGGGUUCAGCCUAGAUGGCGCCGUUGCGUGA